AUGCAGGAUGCGGCAGCUAAGAUAACGAGGCGCAACCCCUUGAUCAACUGUUGGUUUCGGGCAUACGUCAAGGGUUUUUCUUGUGGCUGCCCUCGGAUGCGGUGGAAAAUUUUGAGAGUCAUGAUUUCCAAGACAAUCAGGGGAGAAGUAUCUGCGCUGGCUUUCAUUUUGGAAAAUUUGGUUGGUGUGGAAAUUACAAGCAACCGGAAACUUGCAAGGCAGAUCUUGCUUUCCUAUCCAGUUGCAGUUCUGUUAUAA